AUGAGCGACGACGACUCGGACAGCGAAGACAUCCUCUUUGGGGCCAAGGGCGCCGAGUACCCUCGUCAAAAGCUUCGCCGCGUUCGAGAAAUCUUUCUUAGUCGACCGCAACUCGAGCCCCAACGUCGGCGAUCGGCGAUCGACCUCCCAUUGCCUCCACCGCGAAAGGAUGAUGCCCGCCGCAAGUCCGAGCCAAUCGUAGUCUCUACCAAGCUCGUGCGACCGUCGAAUGAGACGACAACGUCGGAAGACGACUCGGCGGACGACUUCAAGCAGCUCUUCGGGAACCAAAUAGAGCACGAAGUCGACGCCAACGCAGAAAGGCGCGCAAAACAGCUCUCGGAAGCAAUUUUCAAGGUCCACCGACUCUGCUCGCCCCAAGGCGGUCGCGCCGACGUGUCCAUCGACGCGCACAAGACGCAGCUCGAGAGCUUUGCAGCGACCUUGCCACGCCCGUCGGCGGACCAUCUUGCUAUGGCGCUCAAAGAGCUCGUGCGCUGCCAGUCGAUCGAGAGCAAGGCAUUGCACCAUAGUAUCUAUGAGCAUCAGGCGAGCGCCAAGGAGGCACUGAACCGUUUUGAGAGUGAUUUUCAGCAUCAGCUGGAGCAGCUUCGACGCACGUUGGCAGCAACGAUCGCUGCCGAGCAGCACCAAGCCAACGAGCGCCUGGCUACGUUAACCAGUGAGCUCCAGCAUCAAGUCGAGCAGGCGGUGCGACCGCUGCAGCUUCCCAAGCUCCCUCCACGCCAAUUGCCUCAUGUGCGCUUCCCAAAGUUCGCCGCCAAGCCCGGGCCAAGCGUCCGCGAUCUUCCGCACGGUCUCCGCACCUUGCCGCCACUGGUACCCACGAUGCUGCACAAGCGGGUGGAAGCCAAGCUCGCGGCGUGCUCGCCCGACAUGCUCGCUCGCGUGCGCAAAUUGACGCAGGUCCCAACACCACUGAAGCGAGAACCGCUGACGACGCCUUGGCCCAAAGCGCCACUGUCACCGCAGCGGACCCAUGCAUCCAAAUGGGACCAAGGUGUUUGCCGCGAAGAUAACAACCGCCCACCACCGGCGCCGCUCAGCGGUCGGUUUUUGCGGCCCGAGGAGGAGAAGGAGCUGCGGGCUUUAAAAAAUUCGCUGGGUGUCGCCACAGCGUGGAUGGCGCGGGCACUGGACGACUAG